UGUAUGAAUAUAGGUGAACAAAGUUAAAUGUAGUUCCUAUUUACUUGUUUCCUGCUGCUUCAAGAAUACAAAUUUAUCUGCAAAUAUCAGUCAUCAUUUGAACAUCAUUAAAAACUGUACCUACUAUCCCCACACUUUCGAAUGGUCAUAAUCUUAAAGCGACUGUCUCACAGAUGAUAAAAUAGUGAAAAAAAUUAAAAAUUGUCGAAUAAACUUGGCAUCGAUGUGUUCAAUCAAUUGAAUCUUACUAAUUGAAGUACCACAUAGUUAACAAUUUAUUUAAGUUUAGCAGUUAUUUCGUAUUUAAAAGAUUACUGGUUAUGUCUACCAGGUAGAAUUCAUUCCUUACGCGUGAUUGGCUAGUCGGUGUUAUCAUGUGAUAUAACCGAGGUAGGUUUAUAGCUUAAUUAUGUCACCUGUUUGGUGUAAGCCUUUUAGAUAGCUCAGUAAGGAAGACGCUGGCCUUCAAUUUUGGCGACGCGCGUUCGAACCCGGUCUCCAAAACAAUCUUUUUUUUUUACAUUUUGGUACUUUUUUUACAAUUAUGACAUCAAAGCGUAACACAUUCUAUAAGAUAAAUGUCCUGAGAUUCGUUACAGAAAAAAACUUUUUUUGGUGCAAAUCUGUGACACAGUCCCUUUAAGACUGCCUCAAAGGCAAUAAAUGUCUGCCAAUUAGUUUUCAUUCCAGUGAAUGCAUAUAUAUUUCAUUCAUUUGUGCAUUUUUUCCUGAUGAAAUUGCUCUUGAGUUAUUGUGCAUUUAAGGCCAUACCACCCUGAAGUUUGAGAAACUACAACAAUAAUACAUGUAAUCUUUUAUUACAAAUCAGUGUAUAUAUGCUUAAUUUCAAGGAUAAAAAACACAACAUUUGGUCAUACAUUUAUAUUAUUGCUUGCCACUGUAGCUUAUUAUAUUUACUUGAAACUUCAGUAAUUUUUCAGAGGAAUAUUCAUUUGUGUAUUUUCAGGGUAACAAAGAUAAGAGUUACAAGAGAGAUCGUCGAGGUUGGCAUUCCUGAAAUGAGGUUCACCCUAGAGGAGGAGAACGAUCCAACAUUUCUCUAUACAUUUAUUUGCCGGGAGAGAGACUUUAUUCAAUUGUGCAAAAACCACAACCUCCAUGUUGGAGAUUCGGAAAACUUGUGUGAGGGUAUUCUCGAUUGCCUUCGGGAGGUGAAGCAGUCAGGGCUCAGGGUUCGUCCCAUACAAUUUGAACUUAUGAAGACGGUGGCCCACCUGAAGUUACCACAUCUUCAGAUCAGAUGGAGACCGGCAUGUAAGACCAGAGUCACACAACACAACAAGAUGCGACAAGAGGAGAAGGAGGCAUUGAGGAAGAAGUUGGAGCGAAAAUGCCGUGAACAGAGAGUGGAAAUUCAGACCAUGGCAGAGAUGAGGGCGGAGAAUGAACGCAUGAGAGCUGAGAUUGCAGAAUUGAGGGAGCAAGUCAGGUCUCUUAAAGAAGGGGCCAAUGCGUGUACAGCCCCUUCAACUGUAAUGGCAGAUCAGAGCAGGAUCCCAAGGCCAAUGGCUCCUGCCCCUGCCACUGCCCACAGGAGCCUUUUUGCAGCUGUGGGCAGAACGAGACCUGGCUUCGCUGCGGGAAGAGUUACUACAGCAACAACAACUGUGCGCAGGACAGAACCAACAACUGCGCGCAGUAAGUCAACUUCUUCCCGCAGCACGGCAGCACCUGCAGGCAGUACAACACGAACUGCAACACGAACUACAACAUCAGCCUGCAGCUCUGCUGCCACUGCCCCCAGCACAUUAUCAGCUGGUGGGCAGACAGCUGCCCCCAGCACAGCAUCAGCUGGUGGGCAGACGGUCGAGGGUGGGGCAGCUCGAGGUCGGGGAAAAGUUUCAUCAAAACAAAAACGUCAUGAUGACGAUGGGGGGCAGGCAAAGAAGAAAGCAGCUUGGAGGUGAAAAUAGAAAAUGCCUGCCCCUCCCCCACCCCUCGACCAAACUCCCUCUUCUGCAUCUCAGCCAACAUAACCUGCUCAGCUUCGUUUUACAUCGUUCUUCUAAAUCGCUAAUAUCUCGCCCAACAUAUCAUCUCAACAUCGCUCCACACUUCUCCACCUUCUACCACAUCAGCAUCGGUUGUCAUACGAACAUUACAGUGCUCUACAAUGGUUAGAGCUGUGUUGUGUCAUGCCGGUCUCCUUGGGCCACCGUCGAACAACGCCCUGAUUGUGAACAUCUCAAAAGGACAUUCCCACUAACAAAAACUGACGAUUUUUAUAAGUGAAUGUGUUAAUAUUUUUUGGGGUUAUAUACAGGUUUGCCUUUUGAAAAAAUACAAUUCUAUUUCAUUCCAACAGUGAUUUUUUUUACUGGAAAAGAUUGUUCAUAGCCUUGUGUCGAUUUUGUUAUUUUGCAAAAACUUUAACCUUUACUGAAAUACCGUUGAUACAUUCUAAUGAAACUUGGUAGACAUGUUGCCAGAAUCAUGUUGCCAGCAAGAUAGAACUCUUUAUUGUAUGAUUUUCAUAUUUUAUAGUCUUAUUUUACAUCAGUUCUAUUUUGGUAACAUUUUUUUCUGAAAUUCAGUCAGGGUUAUUAUUCAAGCAUUUAAACUUGACCACUUACAUCUACCAAUUAAUUAUUUUACUAUGGUCAAGUGCCAUCUUUGAUGAAGUUUUAUACAUACAAGCUGUGUAUGGUUUGUACAGUUUCGUCAUUUAUACUGGAUUCACUCUUUUAACGUUGUUUGGUCAUUGAACAAUUUCAAUAUAUUUAUAGUUAUAUAUCCAUUUGUACAUCUAUAUGUCCAUUCUAUUUUAAUUCUAUUUUAGCCUUAGUCCUUGACCUGCCCCACUUGUCCUUGAAAUAAGGGGCCCCUGUAUUCCUACUUAUAUCCAAACAAUUUGUCCUGGCCUACUGUCCCAUCAUUUUCCAUCUCACCCUUUAUCCUGCCCAACACAUGCCUUUCCCAAAUCCUGGCCCAAUUCCUGACCUGCUGUCCACUGUCAACCUUCUUUUCUACACUUAAGGGCCGGCCCAAAUCAUACCAUCUUCUCUGAUGGACAUAGAUGUACAAAUAGAUUGAAGUAUGUAAUAUAUCAAAAAUCUAGUACUGCAGGAAAGGGAAAAAUUCACCUGCUUAGUUGUCAUAAAUUUACAAGAUCUUGCUUUUUGAAAAUUUUAAAGCAUUCAAAAAGACUUAUUUUAUAUUUUACUUCUAAAAGAAAGCUUUAACUUAAGAACAUGAAAAAUAGUUGGAAUUUAUUUUUGGCUGUCAGAAUAUAAUAUUAAGAAACCUUUAACGAGUCGGCAUUGACACAACUGAUUUUUUGUUGGUCAUCUAACCUGAACAGUAUGCUUCUUUUGAAUGGCAUACGUCGGUAUUAUUUUAGUAUUCACUUGAAAUUAAGAAACCAAUUUAAAAAAUAAUCAUUUAUUUGACCUGGUUUUUCUAUAUAUAACCUACCUGAAACUGAGCUUAUUCCCAGUAGAAAUAUUAUUAUGUAAGUUACCAUACAGCAGAAUUAUCAGAAAAAGGAAAAUUGUAUGAACCAUGUUUUUGUUCACAAGGUAUAUGGUAGAAAGGCAAGCCUAUUAACCAUUUACGAGAGCAUUAUACACAAUAGUCAAUGUUCGUUGGGAAUGAACGUUUCAAUAUGAUACUGUAUUAUCACUGAUUGCAUUCAGUGAACUUGUUGUGAGGGAAUGUUGCAAUCGUUCUUUUGAUUUUUUCUGCUUUUGUGCAGUUUUAUUUAUUUUUUCGGUAUGCUGACAACUUGCAGUUGGUGGUGUUAAAGGUGAUGAUGAUGAGGAUGAUGAUGAUGAUUGGAGGAUGUAUAUAGUUUUUUUUUAAUAUUUUGUUACGUUCUAGUAACUUUUAUAAAAAAAUAAAACCAAAUAAAAAAUAUUUUUGUGCAACCUGUUAUGUAUGUUUAUUUGUUUCAUUUAUUUUGAAGCAUUUAUUUGUUUUAUAUUGUACAAAAAGGUGUAAUUAAUUGGUAAAACAAACAAAAAACAUAUUCAAAAUAACUUCAAAAGCAGUUUUAUAUAUAUAUAUAUUAUUUUAUUCUGAACAUUUUUUUUGUUUUUGCAUUGAAUUAUAAUUAUGGUCAUUAUUUUAGACCCUUUUGUGUUUUACCAAAUACUUAGACCUUUUUGUGUUUUACUUACAUAAAAAAAUACAAAAAAAAUAUUAAAACUUAAAAAUUCAAAAAAAGUCUUGUUUGAAUUAUGUACAUAUUUGAUUUCAGCAGGACUGUUUCAAAGAAACAAGUCUAGCUAUUCUCAUAGCCUUGGUGUCGUAAUUAUUAUGUCAAAGCAUAUAAAAUGUUCAAGCUAUCAAAAUGAAACUUGGUACACAUGUGGUAAGCUAUUAAACACACAUGAAUAGCAAGGCCAUAAUUCUGGUUAUUGGUGGUGAAUUAUGCCUCUUUUUACACUGAACAAUAGGCGAGUGUUGGCGUCCACUUUGUGGCGCUCUCUAUUUUUGUUGGUAAUUAUCAACGUGUUUUGUUUUUGAAUGAUUCGCAGCAUUUCCCUCAGUUAUUGUAAUUUUCUGUAAAAGUGUUUGUAAUGUUGUUCUGAUGCUUCUGUAAGCGUAUAAAUGUAGUUUGUAAACUAUUAAAACCAUGUAAAUGCUGUAGGGUAUUUACAUUAUUGAGUGUUUAUGUUCUACUGUUGCUAUUACUGUUGGGACUGUAUGCAUUAUUUUGUGUACUGCAUGACAAUGCUGAUUUAGAAUUUUGAACACUUAUCAAUAGUUCUCAUUAAUUUAGUUGUUGCUGUUACUGCAACUGUUGAUUAUAAACAAUUUAUUUAGUUGUUGCUGUUAUCGCAACUGUUGAUGAUAAACCAUUUAUUUAGUUGUUGUUUGCAACUGUUGAUAAUAAACCAUUUAUUUAGUUGUUGCUGUUACUGCAACUGUUUAUAAUAAACUUUAACCCGUGUUUGUCCUAUUUGGUAUAGAGUCCUUCUUUUAUUAUUGUAGAAAUAAUAUAAUUUAUUUGUCAAAGUUAUUCAAGGAAAGUUCUAUACUUAUGCUAAAACUAAAAAGUUUGGAAACCUACUCAUUAUUAAUGUUGACCCAAAUUAAAAUGCUUUCUCAUUCUCGAGUUAAAUAAUAUAGUAUAAGAUAUCUUUUAAACUGAAAUGUUUUAGGUUGGAACAAAUGUUACUUACCAUUGCUCGUUAUAUUAUACUUGUGCAAUAUGCUUCAAUCCUUGUGAUCUAUUUUCCCUGACAAUGUUCAUAUGUACAGCAUUUGACUUCAGGAAGCAGCUGAUUGAAUAUGAUUGAAUUAUGUGGUAGACAAUUGAGUGAAUAUAUGAAAUUCUUGAUGAUAAAAGUGUUGAAUAUGAUUGACUUAUGUGGUAUGACAAUUGAGUGAAUAUAUGAAAUUCUUGAUGAUAAAAGUGUUGAAUAUGAUUGACUUAUGUGGUAGACAAUUGAGUGAAUAUAUGAAAUUCUUGAUGAUAAAAGUGUUGAAUAUGAUUGACUUAUGUGGUAGACAAUUGAGUGAAUAUAUGAAAUUCUUGAUGAUAAAAGUGUUGAAUAUGAUUGACUUAUGUGGUAGACAAUUGAGUGAAUAUAUGAAAUUAUUGAUGAUAAAAGUGUUGAAUAUGAUUUACUUAAGUGUUGAAUAUGAUUGACUUAUGUGGUAUGACAAUUGAGUGAAUAUACGAAAUUCUUGAUGAUAAAAGUGUUGAAUUUGAUUUACUUAAGUGUUGAAUAUGAUUGACUUAUGUGGUAUGACAAUUGAGUGAAUAGACGAAAUUCUUGAUGAUUAAAGUGUUGAAUAUGAUUGACUUAUGUGGUAUGACAAUUGAGUGAAUAUAUGAAAUUCUUGAUGAUAAAAAGUGUAUUUGUGCUAAUGUAUAGCAAGGUAACUCUUGCUAAAAUAAUAGUGUAAGAGUUAUUUCCCUUUUUGAUGAAAAAGAACAGUCAAGCAUUGUAUUUUUCCCUGUGGUGCUCUUAUUUAAUCUUUAUUCAAACUUAUUUAGAUAAUUAACUGUGUUUUCAUUACAACUUAAACAGUUUGAAUGAAAAUUAUUUUCAAAAGCAAUAUUGAAUCUUGAAUUUACAAAAAAGUACCAUAGUUUUACUUGGCUUAUGUUCACAUCUGAAUAAUUCAGAUAAUUAUAUUAUUACUUGUUUAGGUGCUGUUAUAUAGGGUCAGUUUGGCAAACCAGUCUGUGUUAUUGUUUUGGCAUUUUAAUUAAACGGCAUUAUGUUUUUCAAGCACAAUUAUCAGAUUUUAGUUUGCAAUGACAAAAAUGGAGCUGUAUGAGUGAAAUAGUAAUUUGAGGAAUUUAUUUUUUGUUUUGACCUUGUUGCUAAUUAAAACAUUUUGUUUUUAAAUAAAUCUAUUUGUACAUCAAUCUGUCAUUCCUAUCCAGACCUGAUUCCCAGUCCUGUUCCCUUACUUUGUCUACCUUGUUCUAAAAAUCAGGGGCCCCUGAUUCUGACCUUAUUCUGAAAGAAAAUGUCCUGGCCUGAUGUCCCGCCUUUGUCCACCCCCCCCCCCACCCCUUUCCCGACCCCUGACCUGCUGUCCCCCAUUUAACCCACCGCUUUCUCAAGGGCUAGCCCAAGUAACUCUCGACUUCUCGAGGGAGACAUAGAUGUACAAAUAAAUAUACUGCCUCUUAUUAUUAAUAUCUUACAACUAAAGUUAGUUAUACAAAUUUAUUUAUGGAUAUAGUACAACAAAAAGAAGUAAUACAAAUUUACUUUUGGCUUUUAAAGAUUUAUAGUUUGGGGCAUCCUGAUUUGGACGUAUUUGCCAAAACAUUUUUUAUAUCCAGAUUAUAAUGACUUUAGUUAAUGUUUAAUUCAUGUAUUUAUCUUAUGCAUUUUACUUGCUUGUAUAGAAAGUUGUGCAUUCAUCAAUCAGAAAUUGUAUGUUAUUUGAAAUACUUGUAUAUCUUUCAUACAAGUUUGAUUGUUUUGUCAUAUUUUGUAAUACAAAUAUUUUCACAAUUUGCUACACUUAUUGUGUACUUAAUAUUUAAUAAAUAAAUGAAUUUUUGGGCUGGUGGCCGCUGAAAAACUUAUUGAAUUAUGAUGUGUGUAUUUUAGCCUGGUGGCCGCUGAUAUACUUUAUGACUAAUGAUGUAUAUGUUUUUGCCUUAUUGCUUUUGAUAUACUUAAUGAAUUAUGAUGUAUGUGUUUUUGUCUUAUUGCUUUUGAUAUACUUAAUGAAUUAUGAUGUUUGUGUUUUUGCCUUAUUGCUUUUGAUAUACUUAAUGAAUUAUGAUGUUUGUGUUUUUGUCUUAUUGCUUUUGAUAUACUUAAUGAAUUAUGAUGUUUGUGUUUUUGCCUUUUGGCUUUUGAUAUACUUAAUGAUUUAUGAUAUAUGUGUUUUUGCCUUAUGAUCGCCUAUACACAUACUUAAUAAUGAUGUUUAUAUUUUGGGCUUAUCACAGCCACUGAUAAUGUUAAACCAUGUUGUAUGUUAAACUAGAAGC